CCGUAGCUGUAUAAAAGAGGGGAAGUAAAGGGGAGUGAAGAGGAAGACACAUUUUGACAUGAAGAUGGUUGGAAGCUGGUUGUUUCUCCUCAUCUUUCUCCAAGGAUAUGAGGCUCCCUCCACCCCCAAUGUAAACUGCCUGUUCAUUAACCUGGAUUAUGUCAACUGCACCUGGAGUGAACAGGGGAGUCCAGAGGUCAACUACACCUUCUUCCACAAAAGGUUCAUCAAAGGGAAUAUGGAGGAGUGCACAACAUAUCUCCAGGAGAAGAGUUAUGCUGUGGGAUGUAGACUGUCCUAUGACGAGUCUGACAGGUUUAGAACACUGACAACCAAGCUGGUCCAUCAGAACAACAGUUAUGUGCAGAAGCAUAACCUGAAAAGCAUGGUGAAGCUUUACCCGCCUGUCAACCUGUCAGUUGAGAUGAACAAAGACCCAGAGCUGAAUCUGUACUGGAACAACAGCAAGAACACCGCCUGCAUUGAGAGUGAAGUUCGCUACAGAAUAAACAGCGACAAGUGGAAGACAUCUACUCCAAGCAAGGAACAGAAGUAUGCUGUGGCUUUCCCCUUAAAGAGCAGUCGAUAUGAGUUUCAAGUGAGAGCACGAGUAAACAACAUGUGUGGCGAGUCCAACUUCUGGAGUGAAUGGAGUCAGCCCAUUCAAUGGGAUUCCAUGAAUGGAAAUAACAUCACAGACAUAUCUGGCAGCUCAAUGUCUGUGUGGAAGCCAGUGCUGUCAUUAGUGGGUACCAUGACACUCUUGAUAUUGGCCUGCAUGCUGGUCUACAGGGAAAGAGAACGACUGAGAUUCAUCCUCAUUGUGCCUAAUCCAGGCAAGAACCUGGAGGACCUUCUUCACAAGGACACUGUAGAGGCCUGGCUUCACAUCUCCAAGAUGUUUGCUUCCAGCCUAACUUCACUGAGCUUGCCUGUCCUGUUCGUGAGUACAGUCUGGUUCCCCAAACUGGCAGUGUCAGUGAAUCUGAGAGUAACCUCUCCAUCCCAACAGACCAAAACGACAAUCUCUUGUAAUGUUUAAAUUAUAGGCUAUUGUAUCUUGUGGAAUCGAGUGGAACAGCUGACUCUUUGAAUAUUAUCAUGCUUGUAAUAGUAUCUUGUUGCAUUUUUGUUUACAAGCAAGUGGCUACUGCUUUAGGCCAGGAUUUCCCAAACUCGGUCCUGGGGCCCCACCUGGGUGCAUGUUUUGUUUUUUGGCCCUAGCACUACACAGCUGAUUCAAACAGCCAACUCAUCAUCGACCUUUGAUUAUUUAAACCAGCUGUAUAGUUCAAGGACAAAAACCAAAACGUGCAGCCAGGGGGGGCCCCAGGACCGAGUUUGGGAAACCCUGUGUAGGCAACCCUGUUCCUGGAAUGCCAUAGGUACUGCAGGAUUUUGUUCCAACUAGGCACUAAGCCUGACCAACUGAGCUAAUUGAUUAGUUCAAUGAUUGCCCAAAUUCAACAUACCUGAUCUUCCAGCUCGGUUAAAUCAAAGACAUGAUCCAGGACCAGGGUUGCCUACUCCUGGGCUACUUAAUAAAUUGUUAGGCCAGACAAAAUUGAUUCGCUGUUUAAUGGAUUUUCCCCCCAGAAAAGUGAGGCAAGCGAGCAAAAAAUAAAAUAAACUGGUGGAUAAGAAAUAACAGUACUUUAUCACAUUGUCCUACUAGGCGUAAUAGUCUGAGAGGCCUAAUCAUAUUUGUAUGAACAUUUUGUUAACGCCUAUAGGCUAUAGAGAUGCAUUCAGGUAAUGAAUUAAUUAUACAAAAACAUAUUUAAUUUGAUUACAAUUGUCAAGCAUUCUUGAUUGACAUUACCCACUACAUCACAUUAAAUUACGAGAUUGGAUUGCACUUUUAUUUUCCAGGAAUAAAGAAACCGUCACAA